GUCUGAAUCUACAUCAACAAACAGCACAAUACUUCUCUCUUACCCUCAAAACCACGCUACUCUUUUGUACAGACAGCUCGAAAAAGCAACCACCACCCAAAAUUCACAAUGAAGUUCAACUUUGCCUCUCUGUUUUUCAUCGCUGCCGCCCUUGCCGCUCCUAUUCCAGACAACGCUGACUCAUACGAUGUAUAUGUCGGAGAGCUCAACCCUGAGCCUGUCAACAUCCGCGAUUUCGUCCCCUUCGCCAAUGUAGAAUACGACAUCACCGCCCAAGUAGACAAGCGCGAAUAUAACGAUUCUCCUCAGGUCGCUGAUGACUAUGCCGACCUCAGGAAGCGUGAAUUCUACGAUGGUCCUCAGGUUGCUGAUGACUACACUGAUCUCGAGAAGCGGGACUACAAUGAUGGUCCUCAGGUCGCCGACGAUUACGCCGACUUUAAGAAGCGCGAGUUCUACGAGGGUCCUCAGGUCGCCGAUGACUACGCUGACCUUGAGAAGCGUGAAUUCUACGAUGGCCCUCAGGUUGCCGACGACUACGCUGAUCUCGAGAAGCGGAACUACAAUGAUGGUCCUCAGGUUGCUGACGAUUAUGUUGAUCUUGAGAAGCGUGAUUUUGAUGAUGGUCCUCAGGUCGCCGAUGACUACGCCGACCUUGAGAAGCGCGAUUUUGAUGAUGGUCCUCAGGUUGCUGAUGACUACGCUGAUCUUGAGAAGCGGGACUACAAUGAUGGUCCUCAGGUCGCCGAUGACUACGCCGACUUUAAGAAGCGCGAGUUCUACGAUGGUCCUCAGGUUGCCGACGACUACGCUGAUCUCGAGAAGCGGGACUACAAUGAUGGUCCUCAGGUUGCUGAUGACUACGCUGAUCUUGAGAAGCGUGAUCAUGAGGAGGAUGCCCAAGAUGAUAUUGAAGUCGAGGUCGAGGAUGUCGAUGGUGAUGACUCUGAUCUAAACAAGCGCGAGUAUGAGGUGUACGCAGCCGAUAUGGCUCAGGAUGCAGAGUAAAUACUACAAGCGAGCAAAACUGCCUUUGGCAGCCAUGUAACUUUUGUAAUUUCCUUUCAAUUAUUUCUUUUUCUCUCCAACUCAAAACUGGCAACUAUUGCUUUGAACAUUUCUCUGUACUCUCGAGAGUAUUGCAAACCAGCUGGUCUAUAGACAAGUAGUACUCUUGUCUUUUAUGUGUUCUUUGGAUAUUAUUGCUG